CAAGCAACAUGCAAAGCUCACAGUCAGGUCCUGGCAAGUCGGAGAAGAAGGUGAAAAGUGCGAGAGUAGCAACAGCAAAGUCUGCGACACCCUCAAGAAGUAAGACUCCAUUGGCUCGUUCACCAGCCGUCAUUGAUGAAGUGCUCAGCGAUCGUGAUGUGCGCUUGAAAAUAGACCCAUCACUCAUGAAAUCUCUAGUUCAAAGAGCUGCCGAACAGCAGUCGCUAAUGUCGCAGCAGAAACGGUCGAUAUCACGAACACCACGUGUUACCCGUCGUCUCACAGCACCACAAACAUUACUGAAAUCAAUUGAAACCUUGGAUUAUCCGGAAUUCCUUGACAAACACUUCAAGAAGAUAGAACCAGGGAUACAUAAAAUACACUAUACAAUGGCUGAGUACCGUGCGGUUAUCCAAGAUGCGAAUUUGCUCCUUUCAUCUGAGAAGACGCUAAUAGACGUUGAUCCUCCGGUAAUUAUCGUUGGCGAUAUCCAUGGACAGUUUAACGAUCUUAUCAAUAUGUUUCUUUUGAUUGGAAGACCACCAGAGAAACGCUACUUGUUUUUAGGUGAUUAUGUGGAUCGAGGAAUGAUGUCGAUAGAGUGCAUGAUGCUUCUUCUUGCUUACAAGGUGUGCUACCCCACAUCCGUCUAUCUGCUGCGAGGAAAUCACGAAUGUGCUCGAGUCAAUAAGAAAUAUGGUUUUUGGAAUGAAUGCAUUAAUCAUCUGGGCGCAAAUGGCGAGACCGUCUGGGCAAUGUUUCAAAGAUGUUUCAACAACAUGCCUGUCUCGGCUCUCGUGGCAACAAAAAUCCUUUGUAUGCAUGGCGGGUUAUCGCCUAGUCUGGAGUCAUUAGAUGAUGUGAGAAAUACUGUGAAACCAGUGAGAAAUCCUUUUCGUGGAGUUAUAAACGACAUGCUUUGGGCAGACCCUGACUUGAACAUUUUGGACUGGCGCACAAGUACCCGCGGUUCAGGCUUCGCUUUUGGCACACACGUUAUUGAUGAUGUCUGCGAGCGUUUUGGUUUGGAACUUAUUGUGCGUGCUCACCAGAUGUGCCUUGAUGGAUUCUGGGUGAUACCAAGCCGGCGGCUUUUGACAUUGUUUUCCGCUCCCAUGUACUGUAAUCUAUACAGAAAUGCGGGUACUAUGCUAGACGUGGAUGAGAAUUUGCGUUGUCAGCUCAUAUCGAUGGUUCCAGAAUCUAGAGGCUGUCAUGAACGUAUCCUGAGACAGAAUCGCCUCUGGGACGAAACGGUUGAUUUCAUAUGUGAGCGACCGAUGGUGUGA